AUGUUCUUGGUCCAAAGGCUGACGUGUUUCAUCGGCGGCCAUGCAGGCAAUUCACAGAGCAACCUAGACGAUGUCGCACGUGGUGCCUUAUCCGAGGAUCAGGGACUGAACCAGACGGGCAUCACGAACCCACUGGCUGCUUCACCGUCAACGUUCAUGUCCACAUCAGACGGAAGAACCUUUUACCUCGGCACGACAUCAAACUGGUCCUUCACUGGCAAGCUCCUGCAGAUGGCCUACGAGUAUUUGCAUCAAGCUCCCCUGCCACCAAGCAUGGUGCUUUUCGACGGCAGCGCCUACGACCUGGGGUGGAAUAGUAGGGAGGGCCUCUUUGGCUCCAGCUCAGGAUCGGAUUCGAGCAAGGACAACCCGCCGCUGGCCUUGCCGAGCCUCGAUUACUCUGAAUAUCUCAUCAACGCGGUCAAAUUCCACUGUGGUCAAAUAUUUCACCUGUUCGACGAUAACGACUUCCACCAGCGUCUUCAGCAAUUCUAUGCCGAACACGACCGCAAUGUCGCCCGCGAAAAGGCAGGAUUGUGGUAUAUACAUUUCCUCCUCAUCCUGGCCUUCGGGAAGAUAUUCGUCAUGAAAAAGCCCGUUGGGAAACGCCCAUGCGGGGCAGAGUUUUUCCUCAAAGCCAUGCAGAUCCUCCCGCCCGCACAUAUCCUCUGCCACGAUCCGGUCGUCGCAACCGAGAUGCUGUGUUGCAUAGCACUUUAUCUUCAGUCUGUUGACCACCGUAAUGCCGCACAUUUAUUUAUCGGCCAAGCUAUGCGUACUGCUCUCGCUUACGGCAUGCACACAGAUAUGCCGGUGGUCCACCUCGGAGAGCCCCAUGUACAAAGGUGUCGGAAAAUUUGGUGGACGGUGUACAUAUUGGAUCGGCAAAUGACAAGCUUGAUGGGACUGCCCCAGUCCAUCCAAGACGGCGACGUCCACUGCCGGCUACCAGUAUAUCAAGGCUCGCCCCAACGAACAGCCUCUCUCGACCUUCACAUCAAGCUGGCCCGCUUGAUUGCCGAGGUCAACAACACUGUUUACGGCGUGAAUGGCAGGCCCAACAAGAAUUUUCUAAUCAGCACCAAGGCGGCUUUGGAAAACAUAGCAGUCCUAGCUAGCGAGCUUACACAGGCUCUCCCGUUGAGGCUGGACCAGUCUGGCGAUGGAGUGUCGAGGAUGUCGGCCUCGCUUCAUCUUCUCUACCAUCAGUGUAUCGUGCUGGCAACACGGCCCCUGGUCUUCUGCUGCCUGAAAAUAAGGCUUGAGUCGCCGGAGGGCUCGAAGCCCUCCAGACCAGAUCGGUUCGGCACCGUGCUUCAAGUGUGUAUGGAGGCUGCUCAGCAAAUAAUUAUAAUUCUCGAGAGCCUGCAUGCCCAGGGCCUCCUCGAAACAUUUCUUUCGCUGGACCUCGACCCUCUCUACGUAUCGUCUACAGUUCUCCUUGUCGGAGCAGCUGUUGACAAGAGUCUCCUGGUAGACCGUGAUCGUUGGGUACGGAGGUGCCUCGCAUUGCUCGAAGACAACGAAUCAAGCGGGAACCUGAUCGCCAGCUGGCGAAAGUCAGAGAUCCAACGGCUAGACGAGAUGCUGGUUGCGAUCUCAGAUGAAACCAGGAUCAAGCCGCCAUCAUCAGUUGGUUCUGCUCCCGCCGAAAACCUCGGAGGCCCCUCGUUUCAGGGCAACGUCUUCCAUCCAGAGGCGGUCAAUCAUCCUCUCAGCAACCCAAGCUUUCUGCACAUGCCGCAACCGGGUCCCUUCGACGUGCCCAGUACCACCAUCGGAGGCGGUGAUGACCUGUGGGCGGAGCACAUACUAGCAAUUGCUAGUUCUAUCCAGGAUGAGGAUGCUGAAUGGAUAGAUCGUGCCAUAGUGGACAAUAGUAUAUGGUAG